GGAGUUCGAACAGGACCUGAACGGAAAGAAGCAAGAUUGGGAAGCUAUUGUGAAGAUUCCGUUCAUCGACGAAAAGCGUUUGCUCGCAGCAAUGAGAUCACGAGAACAUCAACUCACAGCGGACGAGAGGAGGCGGAACGCUUCCGGCACUAGCACCAAGUUUAUCUUCAACCCCGAAGAGCCCACUGUCUACCCGUCUUCCCUGCCUGGAUUCUUCCCAACCCUACAACGAUGCAUGUGCAGGAUGGAACCAUUCGAUCUGCCAACCCUCAAUGGCUUGCAUCUUGUCGAAGGUCUUUGUGACGGCGUCUUCCUAGGGGCCGAGGCCCUUGCUGGCUUCCCGUCGCUCCAGACACUUCCGCAUACCGCACUGCUUGGCCCCCACGGCGUGAACGUGCACGGGUCCGAGAGCCGCAACAAGUCCAUGAUCAUACACAUUGAGAACGAGCAUGAACAGCGGAAGACGGAGGACAUUGCAAACGAAAUGAUCGGGCGACGAACAUUCGUUGGAUGGCCGUUUCUUCAGGAAGGCAUGGUCUCCGCCGUGUCAGAUUCGCUCUUCAAGUACGAGAAGGUGUCCAUCAUUCCUGGCCGGCCGCCGAGGGUCAUCUCGAAUCCCCACUCCACGCAGGGUCUCGGUCACUGGAAAUCGAAGGCAGAGAAGAUCGAGUACUUCUACUCGAAGAGGUGUGGUGUCAUCACCGGCAGUAUCGAUGUUCUCCUACAUGUGCGACCGCUUAAGGGUUUGAAGCGCCUGGAUACUGGAGCGUUCGUGAAGGACUAUGAGAGUGCAGAGAAUGAAACAGAGCAAGCUGUCCAGAUGACUGUGUCUGAGAUAGUCUCCGAAGAUCCCCGAUUUUUGGAAAAGGACCCUCCGCCGCUCUCCGAAGAGUUUCCCGAAGGCAGCAAGGUAUUCUUCCUUGGGGAACACGCUUACGGCGUCGCUGCGCAGGUCUCUACUACGACCUUGGACACUCUCUCGGUUAUACUUGCUUUCUUCCCCUCAGAGAAAGCAGAGAAUGAGAAGUUCAAGAAUAUCGUGGUCAACCGUAUGUCAAGCCGGUAUUUUCCCUCGUUCAAGGCCGCAGACAUGGUUGGCCUUUCUGGAAGGGCGAUCUCCAAGAUCACGUCUAGCUUCAUGGUCAUCACCUCGGACGGUCAGAAAAAUAACCUCGGGCUUAGUCUCAAAUUCGAGGCGAAGGGUCUUAAGGUUAUCGACUACUCGCGAAAGGACGGCAGGUAUUGGGAAUUCAGCGAAAAGGCCGUUGACCUCAUCAGAGAGUACAAGGAGAAAUACCCCGAAGUCAUGCGGACAUUGGAUAGAGGCGGUGACGCAAUGCUGAAGUCGUCGGAUGUAUUCUCGAGCUCCGAUGCAGAUGCCAAAGUCAAGGAAGUGAGGAGCUGGCUCACCUCGAAGGGUAUCCGAGAUUUUGAGCCGGUAUCUUUGUUCUGCGAUCAAUUGAAGAAGGAUACCGUGCGGGAGAUUGAAGUGUUCGCGGACAAGCUCAACGCAGCGAAGUCGCCUGCCGCUAUCAAGAAGGCCAUGGUAAAGGGCAUCCCUCGACAGGCAGUAUUGAAGCCAUCCCACGCAGUGUACCGGCUGCAAAACCAACACUUCGCACUCGGCGACCGUGUGACGAUGGUGCAAGACUCGGGCGGGGUACCGUUGUCCAUCAAGGGUGUUGUGAUCGGAAUGAACGCGAAGUCCAUGGACGUCGUGUGGGAUGCAUCCUUCAUGUCCGGAACAUCGCUCGGGGACCGAUGUUCGCAAUAUCGUGGGUCGACGGUCGAGUUCACGUCGUGCCUGAACUUGUCCAAUCCGCAGUUUGUGGCGUCCACAAACCCGAAGGAGCCGACACAGCAGCGACCGAGUGUUCCAUUCAAGCCGCGUUUCGGGCCCCAUCCGGGGAUACAGUCCCCUCCAGGGCAGCAGGCCGUUGCCGGCUUCCGCCCCGCAACUCAAGGCGCUCCAGUUCAUAUCAUGAGCAAUCCGAACCGUGGCCGUGGAAGCUUUGUCAACGGCCGCGGAGGCUCGUCUACAAACGGGCGUGGAGGCCACCACAUGAAUGGACGGGAUGGGCCGCUAGCGAUUGCACAUGCGCCGCACGAUGCUAUAGUAGAUGCAGAUGUUCCGGAACCAGCAGCGCAUGCUCCUGAUCACCAUGUGAAUGGAGCGAGGGGAAAACCUCGUGGAGGAUUUGGCCCGAGAGGGUUUAAUGGUCCGCCGGGUCCUCCUCGUGGCGGCUUCCCGGGAGGCUUCCGUGGUCGAGGGGGCUUUACUUCGAACGGCGACCGAGGUCGUGGGGGUCCGCUGCGAGGCGGCUACCGGGGCAGGGGAAGAGGUAACUUCGCCCCCGCAGUGGCGUGAUGAGUUUGACUGCCCUCACAGGACUCGUGUAUUAUCCAUGUGGCAUUUGGAACAAGUAUAAGUACUGUACCUUUAGUGUGUAUAUUCUACUGUUCUCGAUGCAUCGCUAUCGCAUUGUUGUCCUCCACUUCGUCGAGUCUACUGGAUGCAUCGGACUUGCAAUCUC